GAGUGAAAAAUUUGUCAGAUUUCCAUAAUCCUUCAAAAUUUUUCUUGACAAAAGAAUUAUCAAACCGAAUUUUCAACCUAUUUUUCAAUUUUUUGGCUUGCUUCUUCGACAUACUGUAAUUGUCAGGAGGAACAAAAAACUUAUUCAAGCAGAUGAUAUUGAUCCCCUGCAUCUUAAAUCAACCAACAUGGACUUACAAGACUGCGCAAAGGUCCAGUUUAAGCCCCAUCAAACUCAAGGCCGUUAAUGUGUUAGUACUUGCACUAGUAUUACCAGAACGAACACUUAUCCAAGUUUUUUCUCGUUGUUUUUUUUUGGCAUUGAAGAAUCGCAUUGUUUAAUCCCUCACUUGGUCCAAGUGCUACUGCAAUUUUCGUUGUACUCAUCAUUGUUGUUGUUGCGACUGAUGAUGAUAUGAUCCUCACUCGUAUACGCACCUGGCUAACAAUUGCUCUCAAAAAAAACGUAGACAAGAUGCAAUUGAAGUUUCCCUUUCUUUGGAAUCGGUGACGAGAUUCCAUUCAGAAAAAAAAAAAUCAACAUAAAAGAUGCGAAAAAAUGAGAUGCAUCCGAGACAAAACUUAAAUAUAAAAAAAAAAAAACAAGGAUAACAAAGGGUUGAGAAUGAAGGACCGUUUUUUUUAUUUUUUAAUUCUUCGAACGCAAUGGGUAUAAAUACGUGUGCUUUGCUGCAAAUCUGGUAUUCAGUGUUUUGUGUUGAGUCAAAGAAGGACAAUCUAAAAGCGUUCGCAGUGAACUUUUUCUCAGAAAUGACAUUCAAGUUUGUUGUACUUUUCGCCUUCAUCGCGGUGGCGAGUGCUGGCUUAUUGCCAGUUAAAGUCAAAACAAUUGCCGCCGAACCGGUGUUGGCCAAGGCCGAGGAGGAAUACGAUCCACAUCCGCAGUAUAAAUUUGCCUAUGAUGUCGAAGAUGUCAUUUCUGGGGACUCGAAGAGACAAGUUGAAGCUCGUGACGGCGAUGUUGUUCAGGGCGAAUACUCACUUAACGAUGCCGAUGGCUUUCGUCGGACAGUCCAGUAUAUGGCCGAUCCAAUUAAUGGCUUUAAUGCUGUUGUUCUACGUGAGCCAUUGGUGAAAGACGUGGGUGCUGUUGCCGUUCCUGCUGCAACUCUAUCGUAAUCGUCGCUCAUCAUUUAACAUUGAAUCGCAAAGAAUGUUUCUGCCCGCGGAGACUAUACAAACGCUGUUUCGGCCAUUGACUAAAAAUUUAAUUUGUGAUCAUAGUUUAGGAAUAAGUAAUAAAAAAAAAAGUACAA